GCCCACCUUAAAAGCAGGUGAAAACCUGAGAAGAUGUGCCUUUCCCUAAACUCUGAGAACGAUUCUUGAGACACUCUCUCUCUGUCAUUCUGACAAGAACACACUGACAAGAUGCCCAAAUCAGGAGGAUACAGCAGCCAGUCCUCCGGUAACACGCCCAAAAGCUACUCGAACGACGCCACUAACAAGGACCUUCUCAAGCCCAUGAACCCCCAGGUGGACCCCAAGGACCAGUCGGACAAGAGCCAGGAGAAGGACCAGCUGGUUGGACUCAACGACAAGUUUGUAGCGUUCAUUGACAAGGUGCAAAAUCUGGAGCAGCAGAACAAGGUCCUGGACACGCAUCUGAAGAUCCUGAAGGAGCAGGAGGACUACAAGGGCAACGUGGACGCUGUGGUCCAACAGCUGGCCAACGAGCUGCAGCAGCAGAUCGAAAACCUGGCCCGGGACAAACAGAAACUGACGCAGGAGCUGGCACGCUGCCAGGACGAAGUGGACCAGACACGCAACAAGUACCAGGAUGAAGUCCAGGUGAAGGUGGAUCUGGAGAAUGACUUUGUGAUCAACAAGAAGGAAAUGGAUGAGGGCCACCUGGCAGCAGUGAAACUGGCUCUGGAACUGGAGGACCUGAUGGGAGAACUGGACUUCCUGAGGCGGGGCUAUGACGAGGAGCUGAAGGAGUUGGAGUCUCAGAUCCAGAAUGAGACAUUGGUUGUGAAGGAGAGCAACAAGAGAGCUCUAGACAUGGACGAGAUCAUCGACAGUGUCAAGAAACAGUACGCUGACAUGGCCUCCCAUGCCAGAGAGGAGGCAGAGCUGUGGAACCAGAAAAAGAUGGAUGACAUAGUGCUGACAGCAGGGCAGUAUGAUCACGAUGUACGUGAUGUGAAGAAGGAGAUUGCUGACAUGCUCCGUCUCAUCCAGAGACUGAAGGCAGAGCUGGAGGCCCUCAAGAGACAGAAAAUGGUUCUUGAGAAGGACAUUGAGGAUGCAGAGGUGGAUGGGCAGAAUGCGUUGGAGCAGGCCAGGGAUAAUAUUGUUGAGCUGGAGGACGCUCUCCGCAGGGCCAAGCAGGACAUGGCCCGUCAGGUCAGGGAGUACCAGGAACUGAUGAACCUCAAACUGGCCCUGGACAUCGAGAUCGCCACCUACAGGAAACUACUGGAGGGAGAGGAGAUGAGAAUGAAUAACCAUAUAUGUCAGCAAGAUACCGUUGCCCCCCCAACCAUCCCCAGGAAGCGUGUGCUGAUCAGAAUUGAGGUGGAGGAGGGCAAGAUCGUGUCCAAGAGCUCGCACUACUCAGACGAUUAA